AUGAGGUCUCUGGUGGCCGCAUUAUCUCUGGUCCUCCUAUCUGCAGUAUACUGCAAGCAUGGCUGCCUGAAGGGGACUCAUCACAAGGCGGCCCCGGGCCCUGAGACUGGCAUGCAGGCCUGUCACCUCUACGCCAACUCCUCGUGCUGUCAUUCCAACUUCACCGAGAAGAUUUCCCCAUCUCCACUGAUACAGAUCGAUCAUUUCUACUGGAACAGAUGUGGGAACCUCAGCAAGCUCUGCGAGGAUUAUAUGAAGAAGAUCGAGUGUUUCUAUCAGUGCUCCCCGCUGACCGCGCACUGGGCGCACCCCAACAUCUCAGUGGCCAUCCAGAGCGUGCCGCUGUGCCGGAACUUCUGCGACGGCUGGUUUGAAGCAUGCCGGGCGGAUUUGGUUUGUGCGCACAACUUCAUCACUGACUGGACGUACGAUGAGAGCGGAAACCAGUGUAAGAAUGACUGCGUCCCCUACAGCAAGAUGUUUGCGAAUGGGACGGACUUGUGUGAGAGCGCCUGGGGAUCCUCGUUCGUGGUCAGCACUUCUCCAUGUCGCUGUCUGGACAUGACGGAGACGGACAGCAAUGUCGUCAAGUACAUCCUGGAGGGGGAGCACUCAGAGGAGAGCGGAGAAGAACAGGCCUGUAAGCCCCGCCUCCAGGGGCCCCCAAGAAAAAAGGAUCCGGACCAGGAUGAUGAGGAUGACUGAA